AUGUAUAGAUUGAAUAGUGUCCUUGUGAUUUACAUAGUAAUCAGAUUCGAACUGCAAUGGCUUUACCCCGAAGGAAGCCCUUCCAGAAAUUCUCAAAGGCCUGGGCCAAACCCAGGCCUAUGAGGGGGUUUGGAAAUAGUUUUCAACCAGCAAUAGACGCGCCUCGGUUAGAACCUCAUUAGCUGCGUCAUUGCCCCAAGCGCAAAGAUACCUCAUACGGUUUACACGGCCGGCUUUUAAUACGUCUCAUCUACAUCUGCUUCUCUUAUUUUCUCGAUGUGGGACUCUGUAUAUUUCUCUUAUCCGAACCGUUAUUCUUUCAUGGGCAUGGGCAUCCGCCAUCAAACAUAAUUGCGUUCUAUUUUUAUCUUUUAUAUUAUAAUUACGUUCUAUUAUCCACCCGUCUUAUCUUCCUUCACUACAUCAUCAUAUUAUUUGAAUUGUCUCUAGUAUUUAUCUUACAAAAUAAAUAAUAGUAUUUUCUUUUUCGAAUUGAAUUUGAUUUUUAAUUAAAUGCAUUUUUUUUACUUACUUCUUCACGAUUCCAAAUUUCCAAAAUAAAAAAAAAAAUCAAAUUAAUUUUUUUAGGUAGACAACUUAUGCAUUAUUCAUUGAGGCCCUGUUUUGGAAAUAAUUGUUCAAAUGAAAUGCAAUUUGAAAU